CUGCGCACAGUGGGCAACCAGGCGGACAUCAAACGAAAGUGUUAUUUUUCAAAGUUUAAAUAUUGGAAUAGUUACUUCUGUUGUUGGUCUAUUUUGUCCUGAAAUGGCAUUUUCAGAAAUUAAGAUGAGCGUUGGAAAAGCACAUACUAAGAAAUUUCUUCAAAAAUCGCUAGCCACAAAUAAAGUUUAUUUUUUGACCAAUUUAUGGGAAUAGAUUAAUUUGAACAACUAUCGGAAACGAAUUGUUCAUCUAUGAGCUCCAUUUUAAACAAAAGAUUGUUUCGAUUGAAGUCAAAUCGGUAGAGAAAAAAAAAUCUACUAGGCUAAAAUUCAGUACAAAAAAUGUGUCAUUCUGUAUCUUGUAAACGCUACAAAGAGCUAAAGUUAAACCGAGCUCAACCUUUAGCCAAAUAUUUCUCUAUGUGCGUCCUACCGUUUACCAUAGCGCCAAUUCGCGUCAGUGAUCCUGGACCGUGCUGGAGGUUUUCCAAAAACCAUGGUUUUUGACCCUAAAUCGGUUAUUUUUCGACUAACAUAAGACUUUGGCACCAAACCAAGGUGAUAUUCGGAAUCAGCUCGUCGAGCUGCAUCGAACCAUAUAUAACAUUAAUUUUUUCCGAAAAUGUUUUAUGCUAAAAAUAUUUCCGGAAAUUUACCAUUCCGUAUUUUGUAAACGCUACAAAGAGCUAAAGUUAAACCGAGCUCAACCUUUAGCCAAAUAUUUCUCUAUGUGCGUCCUACCGUUUACCAUAGCGCCAAUUCGCGUCAGUGAUCCUGGACCGUGCUGGAGGUUUUCCAAAAACCAUGGUUUUUGACCCUAAAUCGGUUAUUUUUCGACUAACAUAAGACUUUGGCACCAAACCAAGGUGAUAUUCGGAAUCAGCUCGUUGAGCUGCAUCGAACCAUAUAUAACAUUAAUUUUUCUGAUGUAAAAAUUUGGGUCGAUGUGGACGCGUUAAUUAAAUACAUUAAGAAAAAAAAUUUUCAAUCAGAAAUGAGAAAUAAUAUACUGCGAAAUGCUCAUUAUCUUAGAAGAAACAUAUUUUUAUAAUAUACGAAAGAAAACAAGAAAAAAGAAAAUUAUGUAAAAACCGCUACCGGCGGACUUAGUUGACAGUCCUCUUUUGGAUGAACUAUGUUCUCAAGAAAACGUUGAAUAUUAUAAUAAUCACUACCCAUUCUCACUUCGGUAAAUGUAAAAGACUUUUUUUAUAACAAAAUCCACUAAGAAGCCGAUUGGACAUUGUAAGGAAAAUGGUCUCUGCUUGCACUAACUAAUCAUUAUCGUUCAUAUUCAACUCUUUUUCAUUGUGUGUGUAUUGAAUUACUGUUUCCAUUCAUACUCUACCUCUUUCUUCAGUCAGUCAUCCUAUCUAUAUGUCACUGUUAACUUUCUCGUCAGUCAAUUUGGCACAUUCUAUUCCUCUCAUUCUUGAUUCCAUUAUUCACUCUUUCAUUGUUCAUCAUAUCAUAUCUUCUCUCAUGGUUUAUUGUAGAUUCACUCUCCCUUUGUUAAUUGCACUAUAUAUACUCACUGUACAACACAUACAUUUCACAUACACAAAAUAAAUACUGCCACGUUUUUAUAUGAAGUAACUAAACAAACUAAUAAUUUACAUCUAUCUUAAUAUAUACCAUACUUUAUCGUAACAAUCCAAAUAUUUGAUAAGGUACGUUUCGAUUUAAGUUCUUAUCUACAUUCGAUAAAACUCAAAUACCUUAAGCCUUGUUGAAUAGAAUUCGCGUAAAACAUGGAUAAUCUUAAUCUAAACACCUUCUACAAUUAUUAUUAUGAAUGCAAUCAAAACAAUGAUUUAUUUACUACAAAAGUUUGUGAACUUUUUAAUGUUCGUUGUACUCGCCACAAUAGUUCAGUUUCACAAAAAAAGAUUUUGAAUCAUUUCCAUCUUCUGACAUUUCAACAAGUGUCAAAACACAAAGUCCAAGCUCAACUUAUGUGAUAACAAGUCCACCAUCAACAUCUAUCGUAACGACAACUUCUUCGAUACCUACAUCAACAUCAACUGCUCAUCUCCCUAUUCUAACAAAAAGACAACGUGAUUUUAGCGAAGUAUCAUCUCGUCAGAAACGAAGACGUUUAGGUGAGAUGAAUUCGGAAUUGGAUGAAUUUGCAUCAGUGAAUAAUCUGUCAGUCAAUCAAGUUAUAGGAUAUCUUCUUUAUCAACGAAAUUACAAUACCGACAAAGAUUUAGCCAAUUUGGGAGAACAACUUUAUGAAGGUGGAUAUAUUCAAAAGCCAAAUACAAAUAAACUUGAUUUGGACCAAAUAUUAGCACUGAAAUGCCAUCUUAAUUUAAGUCGUGCAGACGUGGAUUUCGUUAAAUGGUUUUCAAAUGACUUCAUUAAUAUUCCAAAUCGACAAUUUAUUAAAGGUCAUACUGAUAAUUUAAUUCCAUCUCUCAAAAGUUGUCGCAAUGAUAAAGGUAUUUGUGUAGAGGAUCGUAAAGAACCAAUACAGCUGACAAUUCAACGAUUAAUUGAUGCUUUACAUUCAGAAAAUAUC